AAAAAUACAAAAUGUUGAAUUAUUGUGUUGCUAAAAUACAGAUUUAUAGAGAUUACAAAAGUUGCAGAAUGCAAUAAAUGAUCAUCUCAACUUAAAUUUUGACCAUACUCUUUUUCUUGUCCCUAUUUACUAUAUUCAGACAAAGAACAAUUAAAAAAUAAGUAGGUAUAACACUUCCGAUCAUAUUAGCAUGAUAACUCACACCAUUGUUCUGAAUAAAUCAACCUGAUAAAGAAUGACAUCUGUUUAUACUCGUAUAGGCCUUUUCACGCGUAUACGUGGUUGACUCUGAGAGUGAAAGAGAUGAACUGUCCUACUAGGUUAGGUAGUUUGUAUUGCCUAAAGGCACGAUAGCUUGUUUGUUUUCAUUUAGUACUUAGGUAGUCUAGUCGGUUAUGCGGUACCCGACCACAAUAAAGCACAUUACUGCAGUGUUCUGAUUAACAUUUCCUAUAACGAGCAUAUUGGUGUAUGGGAUAUUUAAUUUAUUCAUUUAAACGCCAAUUUUCAGAACUACUAAUCUGACAAGUAGUAUUGAUUUUACCUAGAACUAUGUUGUGACUAACUUGACAUAAAGAGUUGGUAGGACGACGUUCUGAUAAAAACUUGAAAGUGAUGAUAUGCGUGAAUUGUGUAAGAAUGGAUUAUGGUGUAGAAGAAGGCAAAAUUCCAAGAGAUUUUAUUGAAUACGACUUCGCUGAAGAUGCUUUGGAUUUUGAGGCCCAACUUGCGGAGGCUCAAGAAGUGAAGUUUACACACACCUUGACAGAACCUCUGAGCAUAGGAUCCCACAUCAUUUGUACGGGAACGCCCAGCAACGAUUUACCAUGGUUUGCUGUAAACAUAGGAUUCGGCGACGCGGAUUCAGGGCGAGGCGAUAUCGCAGUACAUUUCAACGUUCGACAGCCACAGUGUUAUGUGGUGAGAAAUACCAGACGUCAUAACAAGUGGGGUCAAGAGGAGACCACUGCAUUUAGAUUGUUUCCAUUUAAAGCGGAUCGUCCAUUUACGAUAGAAAUAGUUGUUGAUGAGAAGGAGACGUUAUGGGCAGUUGAUGGUGUGCAGUAUUGCAGUUAUACCCAUAGGAUCCCGAACCUGUUCACUGCUGAAUGGGUGCAAGUGACUGGCAUUCGAGAUGCCUCACUUAAAGUGCAGAAGACUGAGAUAUUCCCGAUUUUAGCACCGAACCCAGUAGAAGUCCCAUACCGGGGAAGUUUAGAUUUACCCCCAGAAGAUACAGAGCCGGUUUGGCAAGCGAAUUGUAUCGCAUCAUUAUCAAAUGGCAUUCCAGAGGGACAGCAGCUGGUUAUUUAUGGAAGACUCCGGCCACUCCUGCAUUCCUUCGCGAUAGACUUAAUGGACAGUGCCCGGGAGUGGCCGCGGCCCAACGUGCUGGCUCACGUGAACGUGCGCGCGUACGUGGAGUCGCAGCGGGAGAGGCAGCUCGUCGUGCUCAACGCCUGGCUCGGGGACUGGGGGCCCGAGAGGCGGCAGCGGACUGCCAAGCUUGUGCCUGGGACUAAGACACAACUGCGAAUUAUAAGAGGAUCGGGUGAAUGGGCGAUAUACGCAGACGACAUUCUGAUCGGAGAGUUGGAGUACAGAGCCGCGGCCAACGGCGUACGGGCAGUGCGCAUACGUGGCGACAUCUACCCUGAACAAAUGUAUCUGUGUCCUGCCAGCAGUUCGCCUGUUAGAGACAGCUAGAAACUCAUUUAUGUGACAAAUCAAACUCACAAAACACUACUUUAAACUAGACACGUGAAAUAUUUAAAAAAGCGGGAAUAGUUUCACACUCUGUGGCAGCCAAGUUGAAACUAGUCAAACUAUGUGAAAAAUGCCCGGCUAUGUUGUGGUUAAGAGAUUAACUAAAGAUGUACCACACCUUUCAAGGCUGCGGAAUUUGAAAUGUUGUGAAAUGCGGCAGUAGUUCUUCUAGUUUCGCACUCUACUUGUUCAUACGAAACUAGACAGUCUACGAUCAUACUGCGUGAGAAUUCGGAGGUGUAUAGUGUCUUAAAAGUUUUAAAUACUUAUUCAUUGCUAGUUCUGCUAAACUUAUAGUUACAGAAUACAGUAUGUUUACUGUUAUAGCUAUUCCCAGUGCAUUUAAAAUCUGACAGAAGAUUAUUAAAAACUUUCUUUUGAAUUUGUAGGUAGGUUAAAGCCGCUGGUGCGUAUUGCAAAGAUUUUGAAUAAAAGGAGCAGAUAGGUAUGAAGCUUAAGUGUUAAACGCUUGCUUUCCUAUUGACAUGCUACUUUUAAAUGCAAGAUCAAUCUUAAUUAAUCUAAGUCAAUUAUUUUGUCAGUAUUUUUUGACAUUAGGACAGUUUUGCUGUGCAUCUCAUUUAACCAAAGUGAAUAGGGAUAGUAAUACGUGUGGUAAUAUUGGAGUGCCAAUUUAUUUGUUUUCCAAAAACCUUUUUUAUGUUUGUCAAAAACUGACACGAUGGUUUUUGAGCUUACUAAAUCUUUUUCUUGUUCCUGAUGUGAAAUACCUGAAAAUUUCUGACUAUGUGCAAGACGCGAUUUUAAAACAUAAUUGUUGUAGUAUUGUUGCUAGCUAGUCUUAAAAGUUUAGGCACCUAACUGGCCUCGAGGCAGUAUAGCAUUGUUGUCUAACUGUUUCUAGAUAUGGUCAAUUGUGAGAUCCAUAAAGAUCCUUGUUGGUGAAACGUCCAAAAUUAUUGAAGUAUUUUGAUGUGCACUUGUAAGUUAGCAUUUAUAUAAGAAUUAAGAUACUGUGAGAUCUGCUGGACAGUGUAAUCUUUUUCUUAGAUAAGUUCAGAGUUUUUAUUUAUAUACAAAGGAAAAUAAUUUUAUAUUUUAAUUUACAUAUUUUAGUUCUGUAGGAAGCUACGUAUUUUGUCUUGCUUGUAUAUUACAUCACUUAAUCCAUCUUUGAAGCUUGGCCAUAAGUUACCAAAAAUGGCCUGUGUUCUAGGAAUAUAGAUAUGUUUUGACAUAAUAAAGUUACAACGUGUAUAUGGUUAUAACGGCCUACUUUUUCCGUAAAAUUAUAUGAAAGUGUUAACCUAAACAA